AUGGCAAGCGACACCAAGUCGCUCGUACGCGCACUCGGAGAGCUCGCGAUGUCUCUACGUCGACGUCGCAGUAGCUGUGAACACAGCAAUAUGGAAAAACACGCUAUUUUGAGAUGGUUGCGUAGCUUAAACGGUAAAGAAUUGGCGUCUCUGUGCUGUGUGGAGAAUGUAGGCUUUGUCAAGACUUUGCUACACAUGGCAGCGUGUUCUAGAGGCAAUAAACCGCGUGUACAUGAAUAUCAGCUCAUGCCACAUACAUCUACUGUCUUCCAUGUGACUCAGAACAAGUCUACAGCCAUAAAGAAACCGUCAAGAGCCACGCUAAGGGAAUUUGUCAAGCGUCCAGUCGUUAAAACACUUGAUGGUGAUAUGAUCUGGAGCUUUCAUACGCGAGAGUACGAAGAGUGCUGUGGAAAACUAUUAAAAGGCAUGCGAGUCCUCAAUACGUUGCAGUCUUGCGACACCGUAGCACUAUCAAUGGAGUUUUUUCAACCUUCAAUAAAGAAACGUGGAGCCUUUGCUGCUGACUUUUUCCACUUGAUGGAGGUGAUAUCAUGUGGUCAUUUUCUAAUGGACUGUCCAUCAGAAACGACGUUGAAACAUCGGAUAUGGGCCGAGACAAAAUGGCUAAAGGAACAAGGAUACUAUUCGCUGCAAGCACUUUUCGUUAAUCAGAUAGAACUUAACAUCUGGGCGUCUUGGAAGCAACACAAGAAAGACAUGACUACGAGAAUACCACUUCAAGGUCUUGCAUCCAAGAUGUGCUUGGUACACGAAUGGGAAACAGCAAGCAUCGAUCAGAAGAAUGCGGUAUUAAGCGUGCUUAGCUCAAAGACGAUCGAGCAUCUUCGUGCUCUGAAGCAGUCAGUACCUGUCGAAGCGGCAGAGGCAGCAAAAUUUCAGGCCGCGCGGUUGUCGUUGGAGUCGCUUUUGUGUAUACUGACUGUGCGUCAACAGGCAAGGUAUCGAAGUGAUCAUGGUCUAUUGGUGGAUAGCUGUUUCACGUGUGCAUUUGAAGACGCAGUGACUCGACCUCAAGUGGGAGUGAUAAAGCUAUUGCUGGCCGAGCAUCUUCAAGAGCAAUGCUCGAUUUUGCUUUGCGAAAGGCUGUCGAAGGAAGAAGAGGUGACUGCUGCUUCAAAUAUGUUGGCAGGUAUGUCCCUUAGCGAUGGAGUUAGUAUUGUUGAUUGUGGUCUCGAAGUCAAGGCUAAGGGUACCAACCAUUCUCAACGACGGCGUGCAAGUCGAAAGAAAAUGCUUAAGCUGCGACGUCGCGAAGGCGAAAUCCGUGCUGCUCAACAGGCACGUUUCAGUGACGUGUUGCGCGAGCUACGUGAACAUUACCGUCGGAAGCAGGAAGAAGCUAUCGCGUGCGUAGAUAAGGUACUACGCGACGUAAUUGACAACGCUGUUGAUGAUGGUCAGACAACACCAAGUGGGUGGAGCAUUUUAUUCGACCGCUGCAGCAAGAACUGUGUUCAACAUAAACAAAAAAGAAAAAGGAAGAAAACGAAAAGGAAAAAGUCGGGUGUCACGCCAGUGGCUGCGGGACUGGGAAGCAGCAGUAAGGGUGAAAAGCUGUUGGUUACUUUACCCCAACCUGUCAGAGUAUCAAACGGUUCGCGUUCGUGCGGAAUGAGUGGGAAGGAUGAUGCUGGUAAACUCAGCCCUGUGACCGCCGGCUCGGAAUCUUCAUCUUCUCAGGAUGAUACGCCGCUGGUUGGUUGCAAUAGAGACAGCGUGAGUACACAAGAUGACGGUCCGCGCUUAAGUUUAUUCUCUGAUGUAGAGUCGACUGGAGCACCAGCAUCAUCGAACUUGUCUGCGUCUGCGCUACCACCACUACCGACGUUUGGUUCUCAACAGUUCUAUCCUUCAUCUUUAACAACUCCUUUUUAUCUGUCGUUGGCACCUCGGGACCAUCACGCGCACCCACCUCCAGUGUCUCGUCGAGGCAUUGAUGACGAUGACGACAGUGGUGGACAAAAUCAUACGUGUCCAGCAGGAUCAGGACAUGUUUCUCAUGAAGCACCAGCUACUUCUGAGACAUCAAAUUUCGAGUGGUACAUGCCAUCCGUCUUUUCGUUCCAGGCUUCUGCGCAACGAUCUAUUUCCUUAACGCCUUCUCUCGAUUGGCAUUUUAAUCAUUGGCAAUUUAAGACUUCGGACGGAAAUUUUUCGGAUAAAGAAGCGUCACCUCCUACGACCAGAUGUGAUGAGUUGGACCCUCCGCUGCCACCACCUUUUUCGUCAUCAUCAACUUCCUCAGCUUCGUCUCGUUUUGCAAACGCGAGGAUAUCGGGAUCAACGAAAAAGUAUUCGCUGGCAUCAUUUUCUAAGAUAGCUGGGAUGGACUCAAGUCGACGAGAAUCUGGCCAAAUGGAUCAUGAUAGACAAGGUUUAACGGUCACAUCGAUUCGCGAAAACGACGACGGUGCUUCAAUUGCUGUGAAUAGCGAUAACAAGUCUGAUUUUUUAUAUCGUGAGGGGGGAUUCUUUGAUCGUCAGCGCGCUCUGAAACGUCGACGACGUCCAUGGCCAUUUGGCUACGCUCACGAAGAGAGCGAGGAAGAUAUUGCUGAUGAACAUGACGCUCGCAGAGAGGGGCGUUUUAAUAUGUACGGGGGCUCAAAGCGGUGCAUUGACACAGGCCAGAAGGAUGAUAUGUGGAUAGAGUGUGUCCACUGCUGUAAGUGUGCAUGCCACCACGCUUCUCGCCUCCGGAAUAAGCGUAUGGAGUACACUGAAGAUAGCGAUGCCGACAGCAACAACGACAAUAAAGUCAAAGGCUGUAAAAACACACACAUUACUGCGUCGUCAAAGUGUUCGAUGAGAGAUUCUGCAAGCGAUCUGAACGUCAAGGUUGCAAUGGCUUUAGAGCGCAUUACAAUGCUGGAAGAAAAGCUGGUUGAGAAAACUAAGGUCAUGAACGAGCAUGCUGUUAGUGCGUCUUCUGAAAUCACGACACUCAAGCAGACUGUAGCAACACUAACAGCACAGCUUCACAACACCGAGAACAAUGUGCAAGAAUUGCAACUCCUUCAGCAAUCUGUCCCCGCAAGUACGAGUGGACUGGAUAAUAUGUCCAUGGGUCAUGUAAGCUCCUGCAGCUCGCCACCAGCUCCGUUUUCGCCAUCCCCUUCGUCCCUAAACCAGCAAGCUGGAAGCACAUCUACUGCAGUACCUACCUUUCCGGAAGCAUACGCACAAACAAACUCCAUCAUGGGACCAUUUGUAUCAGUCCCAUUGUCAGUGCUACCUCCACGAAGUAAGUUACACUGGGACCUGUGUGAAUUUGCAGCACAGCUUCAAGCUGACAGUGAUUCACGCCUUCCUGCUCAGCUUGCUGCUCAACGGUUGUGUAUGGCGACAGUACAAUCGCUAUGGCCGCGUGCACAGGUGCGACCGUACGGCUCACAUGUAACGCGGCUUGUACUUCCGUCAAGCGACGUCGAUCUCGUAAUCUGCUUGCCAAAGGUGCGUCGUGACGCACCGGCUGACGCUGCUGGUAUGUUGGAAGGUCGAAACGCUAUUAAGGAGACGUGGCAACAGAAUCUUGCCCGCAAGCUAAAGCAAGAGCCUUGGGUUGUGCGUGACUCGGUAAAGACGCUACCGCAUGCUGCUGUUCCGAUUAUCACGCUCCUUACUGCCCCUCCAUACAAUGUAAGGCUCGACAUCUCGUUUGAAGGCCCCGGUCACAACGGUCUGGCUACCAAUGACGUCGUGCUUGCAUUGCUACACGAAUUUCCGCCUCUAGCGCCAAUGAUGCUUAUUCUAAAAAGUUUUGCAAUCGAGCGGGGUCUGGCGGUAGCUUACUCGGGCGGACUAUCGUCGUACGCAUUGUUGCUGCUUGUGGCGCGCUAUCUCCAGGAACACAGUGACACAAUGCCCAACGGGUUUGCGAACGCUUCUCGGGCUGUACAGCACAGCCUGUCAACGGUACAGGCGGGCGUGGCAGACUUUGGUUUGAUGCUCAUGGGCUUUCUGGACUUCUACGGAAACCGGUUUGACCCGCGCACGACGGGAAUUAGUGUAGCCUCGCGCUGUUUUCUAAAUCGUGAGAGCGCUUUUAUGGCGGGGCCAGGAACGUCAGGAAUUGGCGACCCUCAUCAAGUACCGCACCAAUAUCAGCAGCAAUACGCUGCUGAUGAUGCCGCCGUGGACGACCGCACAAGCCAAUAUGGCUACGGUCAGCAUAGGCAAAUGCCUGCGCAGCCUCACAUACAAAUGCUUUCACCACACUCCGAGGCAGCACCCGCUCCGGGCUGUCGACGGUACGGCUACCGUUCGUCGCUGGACUUGCCAGCAUCUCGAGCACUAGAUGGAAUGAAUGCCGCAACAGGCCUUUUAGACCACCAGCAGCUACAGCAGCAGACGUAUGAUCCACACAAGUUCGACCCGGUAUUUAUUGAGGAUCCAUUAUGCCCAAGCAACAAUGUGGGAAGAAAUUGUUUCCGGAUUAUGCAGAUUCGCCGCGCGUUCUCAGCAGCUCACCUUGCAUUGCUUACUGCAUCGCGAGAUCCUACAGUGUUUACACAUAACCGGAUCGAUUUAGUAGCUGGUGUUGCACUGCACCCGGACAAUAUUUUACGUGCCAUAUUGGGUGCAAGUGCUCCUGUAAAUGCAAAGCCUGAUACUGCUGCGUCUGCACCGGUCGGAGUAACUUCGUACAUGGGUAUAGAGCACUCUUACGCAUGUCACUCUUACAACCCGCAGCAACACCAGCAACAGGACGCGUACCACCACCAUCAUCAUCAGCCGCCACAACAGUCAUAUGACCAUGUUGGCAUCCCACAGCCACGCAGUACGAGUGCGUAUCGUAAUGAGCCCACAUCGCGAAGGCAUAGCGAAAGUGAGAGUGAGAAGUUGAUGGCUUCACCAUCGUCGACAGCGAGUCGUCCUGAUCGCAUAAGGAAGGGGUACACUGGCAGUCCGCGGCUCAUUCCCCAGAGCAAAAGCGGUGACGACCUCUCCCAAACACAAGUGCACUCGCUUCGUCAAAUCUCGACGAAACACGGGUGUCAGCCACGCCGUCUGUCAUCGACAAAGCAGAUAAAUGGUAGAGAGACAGCAAAGAUUCAUAGCCGCAAGAACAGUGAACGCUCGAUGAGCUUUGCAGACGUUGUGCGCGAUGGUGGCGGGACAAGAGGCGUAAGUGUGAUUGUGCCAAAGGCGUCACCACUUACCCUUGCCCGGCCUCCACGUUUCUCGCGUGACGACAUGGCGCUGGAGGAAAGCAUCAACGAGCGGUGGGAAACCAAAGACGACUCAGAUCUAAAGUGA